GCUGCUGAAGUAAUGAGGGUCGACGGCGUCCAAGUCGGAACAUGCAGACGUUGAAGCGGAGGGUAGACGCGCCGUAACCCAGGCCCUGCACAGAAACAGGACCGGACCAGGGAGUCGCCGCGAGCCGCAGCGCAGAGUCUGUGGAGGCGCUCUGGACAUGGAGCCUCCGCCCGAGAGCAGCCAAGAAGGCCCCACUUACCCCAGCCUGGGAGUCGAUGAGCUUCGAGGAGAACCGUCGGAUACGAAGCCUGCCGUGGUCUCCGAAACGGGAGGAGACGUCGAGAAGGAGCUCUGGGCCGAGCCUGAGCAGGGAGCAGCGGCAGGAGGAGAAGAAAGCCACGGUGGCGCGGGAGCUGGCGACCCUGUGGACGACGAGAACCAGAAGGGCGGCGGCGGCGGCGGCGUGGGCGGCGGCGGGGGGGAGGAGCCCCUGCAGCAGCAGCAGGACGAGGCCCAGGCGGCCGCCGAGGGGCAGCAGCCCCAGGACAGGCAGCAACGCCUCCUCCGCAGCACGUUCAUCCCGUUGCAACUGAAGGAGCUGGAGAGCAUCUUCCAACGCUCUCAAUACCCCGACGUGUUCGCGCGAAAGGAGCUUUCCAUACCCAUGGAUGUGAUGGAAGUCAGUAAACCUGAAAAAAGCAAUUUGGCUGAGGAGCCAUUCUAAAACCUGCUUCAGGAGUUAACACACUUUUGUUCUAGACAUUCUUAAGUUGUUGUUUUGGUUGCCUUUUCCAUGUUUGGGAAAUAAGUUUUGAAUUUUAGGGCUUUCGUGAGUGGAAAAUGGGACAAGUAAACCCCACUUUAUGGAAAUUGCCCAUUACCAGAAGGAUUUUGCUUUCUUAAAGAAAAAUAAUAAAAGUGAAUCAAACUGCAUGUCCUGUUUCCUGUACAAAAUUAAAUAUAAAUAAAG